AUCAAAUCCAAAGCAUACUACCCUUUCUUCAACCUUACACACAAAACCCCCCAUUCAAUCAUCAUGAGAUUCGCCGUUUUAAUGCUGGGCAUUUUCGUUGCGACGACCCAAUCACGCCGUUCGCAGGUAAUCGAGACCUCAUGAUCUCCGUCUAUUACCCAUCGCAGCCAUCACGCAUAUCAACUCUAGCACCCGCAUACGACAGCGCGUACGCAAAGUGUCUAACCGCCUCCCUCGGUAUACCACCCGGACUCAUCGAGACCGUAAUCUCAAACGCCUAUGGCGGCGCAAAAAUCAGCGACGGGGUGGGAGAAAGAGGGAAGAAAGUGAAGGAAGUACUUCUGUUUAGUGGUGGCUAUGGGCAAAGUAGAGAGGACUACGGAGCCACAAUCGCGAGACUCGUUAGCCGAGGAUAUGUGAUAGUAUCCGUAGACCACCCCUUCGACUCAAACUUCGUCGCUUAUCCAGAUGGUCACAACGCCACACUCGUUUCCUCUCAGCCAGUGGAUCCCAUCGCAGCAGCGGACUCAGCAAUCGACAUACGAGUCAAAGACCUCCAAGCCGUGACUGCAGCUCUACGCGAUAAACACUUCGUGAAGCAAAUCCCAGGCACGGACAACAAACUCGAUAAGCCCUCCAGAAUAUUUGGGCAUUCAUUCGGUGGAGCCGCCGCAGCAUCCCUCAUGUCCCAAAACAAGGAACUAAAAUGCGGCAUCAACCUCGAUGGAACAUUCUGGGGGAACGUCCCCGUCAUCUCUGCGUCGCUCUCCCCGCGUCCCUUCCUCACCUUGGCGAGCGAUGGCCACAAUGCUGUCACCGAUCCCUCAUGGGCACUCUUCCGCGCAAGUGGAGGGAGGAAAGCAAGACAGGGG